AGACUACACAAAAAUAUGGCGGUCCAGGACUAUAUGUCGAUGAUUCUACGAUUAAUUCAGAAUCCAUUGUCCGUGAAAAGGUACCCUAAAUUCUCAUCGUUCCCAGAAUGAACUGGCACUCGAUAGCUCAGGAGGUUCGCUCGUACGACGAAAAUGCACAUUGAGGGCGCAGUCCCAUGGAAACAUAUUAGCAGAGUAGCAGAUUUGCGGAGGUUAUUCGACCAAUCAGAUUAUUGCAGGGAAUUUGCUGAAAAGUGUUCCGAAAGUGAUAAGUUCGGUCCGCACAGGGACUCGAAUAUUUAAAAAAUUUUUGGCAAGUGAAACAGGAAAUUGGUGGUCAAAAUAUUUUUCAAAAUGUGUGAAAUUAUUUUAUAAUAACGGGGCCUGAGAAAAGUGGGUUACGUAGAGUUAAUCUUGAUUUGGAACUCAAAUUCCUCGAGGAAUAUGUAUUUUUUACACCUGGUGCAAACGAAUUGUUUUGGGACUAAGGUCGAGACAUCCGAAAUCAAUCAGGGGCAGAGCUACUGGUAACGGAAGAUUUGGUCAAAUGGAUGAAGCAACGUUAAACAGACUUGCUGUGGAGGCACUACUCGAGGAAGCAAAGAUUGGCGCAAAACGGGCCGAAAUAUCGGGGCCAAGCGGUUGGGUUAAACCAAAGGAAAGUGUUAAUAAAAGAUUUUUACAUUCAACACUUCGCAACGUCGUACUUUCAAAUAAAAAGCGUUUAAAAAAAGACACUAUAUCAAAAUCAACAUCGCCAAACAAUAGUGAACAGAAUUCAGAAUCAUAUAAAAAAAUUCAAGAUACGUGAUGGCAUAUUUACUAGAUUUCUAGAUCGUAACUACUCCCAGAAACAAUUUGAUAUUUAAAUUGUUGACAAAAAGAAGAUGCAUAUUCUAUGAAUAGCUAUAAACAUUAGGAAGUGUUGUUCAGUUUUAUGAAAUGCUGUUAAAAUAUCUUCUAAUUCUUUUAAGGUUUUAAAUUUUUAAGUUCUUCUGUGAAUUCAUAACUAUAAAGUAAAAUGUCUUUCAGUUGAGACGUAUUAUAACUAUAGGGAACAUAGUUUUAUAUCUAAUAAGAGAGAUAUAUGGAAUAAAAGUACAAUCGAUAUUUUUAAC